AAUUUAAUAUACAAGCUCUCACGGUCAAACACUACUCUGCACCAAUCCAUGGCAUCCAUCAUCUCUUUCACCCUUAAGACCCUUCUAUUCCUCUGCUUCUGUUCCUUUCACUUCCCACUCUCAACUUCAUCAGAAUCAAAUCCUUCAUUCCCCAAAGAAGCCCUCCCCAACAAACAUGGUUACCUUCCAAUAAGCCCCACUUCAACUUCUUCCAUUUUCUACGCUUUCUAUGAAGCCCAGAACUCAACUUUACCACUCUCACAAACCCCACUUCUCAUAUGGCUCCAAGGUGGCCCUGGCUGCUCCUCCAUGAUUGGAAACUUGUACGAACUUGGACCGUGGCGCGUCACGGAAUCACUCACCCUUCAACCCAACCCUGGUGCUUGGAAUAGAAUCUUUGGCCUUCUUUUUCUUGAUAGUCCCAUUGGAACUGGCUUCAGUGUGGCCUCAACGAGACAAGAAAUUCCAACUGAUCAAAACGGCGUUGCAAAACACCUUUUUGCUGCUAUAACAAGCUUUCUUCAGCUUGAUCCUGUUUUCAAGAAUCGCCCUAUUUAUAUUACUGGUGAAAGCUAUGCUGGGAAGUAUGUGCCUGCUAUUGGGUAUUACAUAUUGGAGAAAAAUGCAAACUUGAAGGUUUCUGAAAGAGUGAAUUUGGCUGGUGUGACUAUUGGGGAUGGCUUAACUGACCCUGAAACUCAAGUGGCUACUCAUGCUCUGAAUGCUUAUUAUGUUGGAUUGAUCAAUGAGAGGCAAAAGCAUGAGUUGGAGAACGCUCAAUUGGAAGCGGUUCGGUUGACUCAAAUGAGGAAUUGGAGUGAAGCAACUGAUGCAAGAAACAAAGUCUUGAGAAUGUUGCAAAACAUGACAGGGUUGGCUACUUUGUAUGACUAUACAAGGAAGGCUCCUUAUGAGGAUGAUUUGGUUGAAAAAUUCUUGAACAUUGCUGAGGUGAAGAAGGCCUUGGGGGUGAAUGAAUCGUUUGUGUAUGAGAUAUGCAGCGAUGUUGUUGGGGCUGCAUUGCAUGCUGAUGUGAUGAAGAGUGUGAAAUAUAUGGUGGAUUACUUGGUGAGAAGGAGCAAGGUGUUGUUAUAUCAAGGGCAACAUGAUUUGAGGGAUGGUGUGGUUCAAACAGAGGUUUGGGUGAAGACAAUGAAGUGGGAAGGGAUUGUGGAGUUUGUGAAUGCUGAAAGGAAGAUAUGGACAGUUAAUGGAGAGCUUGCAGGGUAUGUUCAAAAUUGGAAGUCUCUCACCAAUGUUGUGGUUUUGGGUGCUGGGCAUCUUUUGCCUACUGAUCAACCUCUUAAUUCUCAAGCAAUGAUAGAAGAUUGGGUUUUGGAAAGGGGAGUGUUUGAAAAUGCGCAUAAGAGACAUGUAUCAAGUGAGUCUGUAUUUGUUUUGUAAGGCCGAGAUUAAUCAUUGGUUAAAUGAAAUUUGUUAGUGUAAAGCUGUAUUCAUGGUUAAGGAAUCGAUGUGAAACUUGUAUUGUUAAGCACUUUGUGAGCAGGUUUAAUUUUUUUCUUUCGCAAAUUUGAUUUUAUUAUACAUGAUAAGGAAUUUUAUUUUUUUUCUGAA